UUUAUUCCGGGUGUUUUUCAAACUUCUCCUAUUUUAACGUACUGUACAUUAAGAGUAAAGUAAAGAAAAAUGAUCGUCAAAAUGUGUUAAAGGGUUAUUUUUCUUUCUGUGGACACUUAGAUACACUCACCUCCAACACGUUUUUAGAGGUGAAGAACCGGAAGGCGCAGAGUGACUCCUUUCCUUACGACUUCACCGUCUGCCUCUCCACCAUGUUUGAUUUCACCAAUGUGCUUCAGCUGGUCCAGAGUUUUGAAAUGCUGCAGUUACUGGGGGUGAACCGAGUUGUCGUCUAUAAGACCAGCAGCAGCCCUGAAACGCAGCGCAUACUGGACUACUACACAAACAAAGGUUUCGUAGAGGUGAUUCCUUGGUCUCUGUCCAGAUUUCUGAAUGUAUCUCGAGGCUGGCUGCCCGAACACGGUCCAGGUGACAUCCACUACCUCGGCCAGAUUCCUGCUCUCAGUGACUGUGUUUACAGAUACAUGUACCAAUCCAGAUAUGUGGCCCUGCAUGAUAUGGACGAGCUGAUACUGCCCCAGUCAGUCAACAGUUGGUCGGAGCUGUUGCCUCUGCUGGAAAACAGAUAUGGCGCUGACAAGUGUUACAUGUUUGAGAAUAACGUGUUCCCCAUCACCGUCACGCUGCGUCCGCCCAACUCCCAACCCCUGCCCCCGCAGGGCUGCUGCCCCGGCUGGCACAAUGUGUCCGGGGUCAACAUCCUGGCUCACCUGUACCACGAACCCAUCAUCUCAGAGACCCACUACAGCAACUUCAAGAUCAUCGUCAACCCCCGGGCUGUGUUCAUCCCGACUGUCCACGGACUGCGGGGCUCACAGAAAGGCUGCUCCUGGGUCGACAGGAAUAUAGCACGGAUGUACCACACAAGAGCUCCGAGGCAAACCCAGCUGACACCAGACAAGCUGAUUUAUGACGGCCGACUGCUGAGCUACAGCACCCGCCUCACACCAAACGUCAAUACGGUGUUCACAGAGAGUUUUAAGACACAAGAGAUACUCUGCUUUGAAAACUGCUUUGCUCCACCAGCAGAGUGAAGCUCAGAAAGCUUUCGUCUUCUUGACACAAAGAAAAGGAAUCAUUCCACAGGGUUACAUACCUUAAGACCUAAAGAGUUCAAUUUCAGGAUAUAUGUAGGGGUUAAUGCCCGACGAU